AUGAUUAAGGGCGAUCCCAUGUGGGGUGGUAAUUGGUGCGAGUCAGCAGAGGAGAGACAAUUACUACAAUUCCAUAACUCUGAUCCCGACGAUCUGUCUAUGAAUCAAAUGAAAUACGAAUCGAGGCCAGCAAUGAGCACUAAGAAUGACGAGAAUGAGCCACCUGUUGUGGCUGCCGUUGCCACAUGCUGUGGCGUAAGAGGUGCACCACAAAUGCGACUGCCACUGCUGAAGUCGCCCAACAAAGCAAAUACUGCAAAUAAUGCUGUGGCUGUUGAGAAUCUUUCGAAUAUUGCCAACGAUUUCAUUACGUUGCAUCUGUUUGGCAGCUCAAUGGCGAAACCGUUGGACACACAAUCAAAGACUUCUCUGCUCGCUUUGCAAUCGAUAUUUAUGGGGGAGCUGUCGCCUCGGAUGCCGCCGGAAUAUAUUAGCGAUGUGCUGUUCGAUCCCACUUCAAAGACGCUGGCUCUGGUCAAGCGUGGCCAGCCAAUUGGUGGCAUUUGUUUUGUGUCGUUUCCCACCCAGGGAUUCAUUGAGAUUGUCUUCUGUGCGAUUGUGUCGUCGGAACAGCUAAAGGGCCACGGCGGUCGUCUGAUGGGUCACAUGAAAGACUAUGUUCUCAGCAAGAGUCUGAGGCAUCUGCUCACCUAUGCCAGUGGCCCUGCCAUCGGUUUCUUUCGCAAGCAGAGCUUCUGCACCCACAUUCGGCUCGCUGGCACCAUCUACGAGAAUUACAUUCCGCCAGCUCACAAUGGGGCCACUCUCAUGCACUGCGAACUGCAUCCGACCAUUGCGACUAGGAAAUUUAAAUCUGUGGUACGCAAACAGCAACAGGUGCUCAAAGAGAUGACUGUACGGCAAGAGAAUGCUAUGCAGGACAUUCGACCCAUCGCAUCGAUACCAGCCCUCCAGGAGAUCGGUUGCCAGCCUGAUGAGAAGAAGGAGGAGGCGGAGGUGAAUGCCGAUCCACAUCAAAUACCCCAUGAAACUGCAAUCAAGUCUUAG